AAAAUCAUUGUCAAAAUGAAUUAAUGUUGUUCCACUUCCACUUACCAUUCAGACUUCUCCUCCUUCCUUCUUCAUCAGCCGCCGCCUCUCUUUCUUUCGCAAAGGUCAUACGUUAUUAAUCUCAUUUAUCGGAUCGUAAUAUCGUAUCCUCUUAGCUAGCAUUUUUAGCAGGGAGAGCUUAAUUAAUUUAAUAAGCUCUCUCUAAUUUGUCGAAAAUACAAUAUUGUUUACAAUGGCAACACAAUACCAUUUAUCAAACAUAGCUUUGCAAUCACAAUCAUUGUGCCCCAAACAGCACCUAAGUUUCGGUCCCUCUGUCGGAUUGUGUAGGCCGGUUUCGGGUAAUAAGGGAAAAGGGUGUUUGAGGGUUGUUUGUAAUGCUCGAAAAGUUGUUGAUGUUUUAACUAGAAGUGAACCCGAAAGCCGAGAUUUAGAAAGGUCAAACAAACAAUUAUCAUGUGUGAUGAAGUUUGGUGGAUCGUCCGUUGCGUCUGCAGAACGAAUGACAGAAGUGGCUGAUCUUAUUCUAAGUUUUCCGGAAGAGAGUCCGGUUAUUGUUUUAUCUGCCAUGGGCAAGACCACCAACAAGCUUAUUGCGGCUGGAGAGAAGGCUGCUAGUUGUGUCUCGGAUGUGUCGCAAAUUGAAGAAUUGAACUUUGUGAGAGAACUACAUUAUAGGACAGUGGACGAGCUUGGAUUAGAGAAAACGCUUGUUCUAGAGCACUUGGUAGAAUUAGAGCGGCUUUUAAACGGGAUUGCUGCACUGAAGGAGUUUACUCUACGUGCAAGAGACUAUCUAGUCUCAUUCGGGGAGUGCAUGUCCACAAGGAUUUUUGCAGCAUACUUGAAUAAAAUUGGUGCCAAAGCGCGGCAAUAUGAUGCAUUUGACAUCGGAUUCAUAACAACAGACGAUUUCACUAACGCGGAUAUAUUGGAAGCAACUUAUCCAGCUGUAGCAAAGAGACUAAACGGUGACUGGGUCAAAGAUCCCGCCAUCCCUAUCGUCACGGGAUUUCUUGGAAAGGGUUGGAGAACUUGCGCUGUAACUACAUUGGGCAGAGGUGGUAGUGAUUUGACUGCCACUACCAUUGGUAAAGCACUUGGCUUGCGGGAAAUUCAGGUAUGGAAAGAUGUGGAUGGUGUAUUGACAUGCGACCCUAAUAUAUACUCGGGUGCAGAACCUGUGCCGUAUUUGACUUUCGAUGAGGCAGCAGAACUUGCAUAUUUUGGUGCUCAGGUCCUACAUCCACAGUCUAUGAGGCCCGCAAGAGAGGGUGAUAUACCUGUUAGGGUUAAAAAUUCUUACAACCCUAAUGCUCCGGGUACCCUAAUCACUAAAUCAAGAGAUAUGAGCAAGGCAGUACUAACAAGCAUUGUUUUGAAACGAAAUGUUACCAUGUUAGACAUUGUUAGCACUCGCAUGCUUGGUCAAUUUGGAUUCCUUGCUAAGGUGUUUUCAAUUUUUGAGGAUCUGGGUAUCUCGGUGGAUGUUGUAGCUACAAGUGAAGUUAGUAUUUCAUUAACAUUAGAUCCUUCAAAGCUUUGGAGUAGGGAGUUGAUUCAGCAGGCAAGCGAACUUGAUCAUGUUGUUGAAGAACUAGAAAAAAUUGCCAAAGUGAAUCUCCUACAGCACAGAUCUAUAAUUUCGCUCAUUGGAAAUGUUCAGAGGUCCUCACUUGUAUUGGAGAAGGCAUUCCGUGUUCUUCGUGUGAACGGAGUGAAUGUCCAAAUGAUUUCACAAGGAGCAUCAAAGGUGAAUAUAUCACUGAUAGUAAAUGACAGUGAGUCAGAAAAGUGUGUGAAAGCUCUACAUUCAGCCUUCUUUGAGAGUGAAAUGUCGGAUCUUGACUGAGAUUUUUGAUUUGCGAUGCAAUUUUUGCUCCAAUUUGUAGUCCUUAAUCAUUUAUUCUAAACUCGUAGCAUAUUUAUUGAUUUAGGGGCGGGGGUGGUCUUUAUGGAUGGCUAUAAUGUAUUUGAUUAUUGAAAUAUAUGCAAGUUUAUUAGAUAUGGUUGUAUGAUUA